AUGUCUACCUCUCACGAAGAAUUACUCGACGAUUUAAUCUAUUUUGCCCGUGCUGGUGAACUCGAGGAUUUAAAAGAGACGAAGGUGUCUCCUCAGCUCUAUUUAGAAAAGGACGAGUCUGGUAAGACGGCACUUCACAUGGCCAGUGCCAACAACCAUUUGGAGAUUGUCAAGUAUAUUGUCGAACAAUUAAACACUUUGGAGAGUGCCGAGAAAAUUGCUUUAAUCAAUACAAAGAACACAGAAGGUAACACACCUCUUCAUUGGGCUGCGUUAAAUGGUAAUUUGGAAGUGGUUGAACUCUUGGUCAAGAACAACAUGAACCUGACACCUAUUUACGAGGCACAGAAUAGAAGCCAUGAAAAGAUUGCUGAAUUCUUUUUGAAUACCAUGAUUGAAGAAGCUCCUGAGGAACCUUUAGAGGAGGAUGAGCAAUUUGUUGAGACAGGUGUGCCUUCCAAGGAACAAUAA